UUCUCUUGAGAUGAGAAGAAAAUGCCCGGCUACAUCCCCCCUUCUGCUGCUCCAGCUUCUCCUGAGGUGUUCAGAACGGGGUGGAGGAGUUAAUUUUGGUGAGAAGGAUGCAAAAGUUUCCAGGGCCUGGAGAGAUGGAGUCAGGGUGCCUGGAGAAGGAACCUCUUGGGACUCAGACAGGGCCAGUCCUGAGCUAAGGUACGGAAUAGUAGGACUAAGUCAAAGCAUUUCCACUAAGCACCCAGAGACCAGCCCUAAAGACUCAAGAAUAAGAGAAAAUGAUGUAACUGCAGAUGGAAGGACCACUGAGGACCACAUCACUGCAGACCCAGGGACCACCGAGGACUCCGUCCCUGCAGACCCAGGGACCACCGAGGACUCCGUCACUGCAGACCCAGGGACCACCGAGGACUCUGUCACUGCAGGCUCUUGGACCACAGAAGAUGAAAUCACUAAACAUGGUGACAUUCACCUUCUGCGAACUACUUCAGUCACAGCAGUGAAACCUACCAGGCUCCUGACACCAUGGGAAUUAUCCUCAUAUCCCUGACUGCAACCACGGUUACUGUUGCACUCUUUGUUGGAUUGGGCUUCAUUGUGAUGAGUAUUUGUUCUGGGAAUAUUCAGGGCAUCACGGGAACAAAGCCAUCUGAGGAUGAAGGGCGGGUAUGGAGAGCUAAGGCACAGAGGCCCAAGAAAUCGUCAGGCAUGAGGAAGCCAACACAGAGAGAGCUCUGCAAAGGCUCCUGGAAAGACAGAAGUGGAGAGAAAGGAAAAGAGCACCUGGCACAAAAGAUGCAGAAAGCAUUGGGGACAGAGGACGCUGUGAGAGACAGGAAGGAGAGAAAGGGAAGAGAGGCUGAGAGUGAGAAACAAAAGAACACAAACAUGGUAAGACACAGUGGGAGUCAGAGCAAAGCAUGAACCGUUAGGUACAGAUGGAUGUAAAAGAGGAAAUUUUCCUAAGAAAACAAGGAACUGGGGACCACAGGAGUGGAUGAAUUCGAAACCUUCUGGGUGGUCCACUCAUAUCGGAAAUUACACAUUCUUGUGUUAAUUACUACCCACUCUGAAGUUCUGCAGAAGAUUUUUUUAAAACCAAAAUCGAGUGGGUUUUUAUGAGCCGCCACUACUCUAUACCAAAGAGACAGUUUGUACCAGCUCUCAAAGAGGAGCUCUGGGUAUUUUUCUGUCUCUGAGGGUCCCUGUUGUUUCUAUGAGAGGAGACAAAAGAAUUCCACGCCAGCCCUGCGUGUUUCAUCUCACCAAACUCGCAGCUGGAAUCAUCACAAAAGCAGCAGCAGGGGAAUUCCCCCAGGGAGAGGCCCAAACCCUCCAGAGAUGGGGCCAAUUGGGAUUCCAAAGAAAGAAGCUCAGAUGUCAGGGUGAUCAAUUCAAAGCAUUUAUUAGGGGAACUUACAGAGGGCUGCAGCAAUCCUCCCUGCCGACAGGGAGGGAAAAGGGCUGUUCUGCCUCGGCAUGUCUGUAGCAAGGGGGUCAGGGGAUGGAGGUUAUAUGAGGGUUUAGGGAAUUUGACUCAGGGCUGGAGCCAGUUUCUUUCAAUGUUUGGGGCAACAACCUAGAUACCUUUGUUAGUGCCUGGGAGUGUUCAGGGCCCUGGUUUGAGUUCAAGGCUGCUGGGGAAAACCUGCAGCUGGCUGGGUCACAGAAUGGUCAAGGCAAUCUGUGAUUUUUGGUCAGUCUGAUCAGAAAGAAAAGGAGGUCAUCUGGGGGACCCCACAUUGUGGCUUCUUCUCGCUGACAUCUGAUCUAAAACCCAAGUUUUCUGCUUCUGACCUGCUGCUUGAGGGGGAAGGGCUGGUCCUUUCUGGCCAUCCUGACCUAAGGAUUAAGUGCAUAUUGAAAUUUUAACAAGUGGCGGCUUGCAGGAUUAGUCAGCUUGGGCAGGUCAUUAAAGCCUCGUUAAUUCUUGCCGGUCAUUGAUGCCAUUGUGGGCUGACCCCGGUCUAAGAUGCAAAUCCACAGCUUUGGGUCAGUUUGUAAGUGUGAGUAAAGCCGAAAGUAAUGCGUGAUACAGCUGAGGUGUUCACAUUUAAUUCUGCUAAAAUGACACCAUGAAACUAGAGCAUUCUGAAGGAUGCUGACAAGAGGAAAAUGGAAUGAAAGCGUCCACAUGUACCUGACUCAGGCAUGAGUCAUGUUCAUAUUCACCAGUAGAGGGAGGACCUUCUGGACUUCGCUGUUGUCAUAAAAAAUUGGAUUUCUGAUCAUGUGGAUCACCAUGAAAAGUCAGUCACUCUUGCUCUAGAAUGAAAGACGCUUUCCUUCCUUCAAACCAGGCAUUGGCCCAGAGAGGUCACUAGUGUUAACACCUUCUUAAUUUCGUGUAGAGACUUAACACAAGAGGUGGUUCAAAAGGCUCAGGGUGUGGGAAGAGGAAAGUCUGUGCUCCCAAACUUGCUAGAUUUUUGACUUUUAAACCUUUAACUCGAAAAGUUUUAAAAAUAAGAACUAUAUUACUAUUCCUCCCAAGUUCCAUUUAUCAAAAUGCAUUUUUGUUUAAACUUCAA